CAGCGCAACCCCAGGGGACCAUGGCCUCCCGCAGGGCGAACACCGAACCGCUGGACCCAGUGCGGCUGAACCAGCUCCUAUGCGAGCGGGUGCGGAAGGAGCUGAAGUGCCAGCGGCUGCACACAGAGUACAAAGUGAAUCCGCUCCAACCAGUUCACACGAUCACCAGGAAGCCUAUGUCAUGGCAUGAUAAUAUAGAAGAGCCAGCAGAUGAAGAGUUUCUGAAUCUUAUUCACCGUGCAGCACUGGAACCAACAAAGAAAUAUGCAGAGCCACAAACUGAAAGUCAAGAAAUUGGCUGGAACACAAAACCUUUGAUCCCUAUGGACCGUACUGAUUGCAGAUUCUACUUCCCACGUCGGAAAACUGAAGUCACUAAAUAAAUGGCUGCCACAAGCCAUGGGGAGGAGCAGUCUGAGAACCUCCAGUAGUAAAGUGGCAAUGCCACACAACUUAG